AGUAAGUCUGUUAGUUUGUUACUGUUACUUGCUCGAUUAAUCUGUUUAUUGAUAAUUUUAGAAAAAUGGUUGUAUCAUAAUACAAAAAUAAUAAUAAAUUGUCGAAAGAAAAAAUAGUUCAUUACAUUCACUGAAAGAAACGCAUCGUAAUUGUUAUCUAAAUUUACAAUCAGUGAAAUCAGAAAAAUGUCUACAUUAUAAGUUAAAGGUUACAACUAUCUAGUUAUGGGUUCUGAACAAUCUUCAGUUCCACCGAAGAAACAAGUGCAGAGGGCGCCACCUGUGCGUCGUGGUCAUACUAUAGCUGUUACAAAUGCACCAGAAGCUUGUAGAAGCACAGAUCCAACAGCCAGUGGUAACAAUUCUCCUGGUGCUAGUGUUUGCUCAGAUUCUGAGUUGCCAUACAUAUCAUAUACUGUGGAUAGACCUAUUGGAGAUUCACCAAAAACAUCAGCAAAGACUCAAAAAUCAGGUGAUACUAAAAAAUCUUUACUCCAAAGGAGGCAGUUAAGUUUGCAGAAUCGGAAGAACAAGCGAGCACGAGACAUCGUGGUUGUGAAACACGCGUCUGAUACACUGUUGGAUGAAGACAUUAGGAGAUUACAGGAAAUACCAACAUUCCUGCCCAUCAUGAGAGGGACCCUUGGAUUACCAGGUGCAAGGGACCCUGAAGUGUUAGAAGGUCUUGAUUAUCGUCCUUGGGUCCGGUUGACUACGAGAUUGCAAGCCCAUCUCGCGGCUUGUGCCCACCCAUUAGCUGCUGAACAAAUAAAUCUGGCUACUAAAGUCAAAGAGUCGGAUACAGAAAUAUCUCGUCUGUACUCACAAAUGGUGGAGAAACAGCGCUCAAACGCUCGCCAUGCGGAACGGUUGUCAAGGGUUCAUGAGGUCGGUAAUCAGUUGUCGCGGUGCAACUCUUUGCUCAAUCAAACCUUGCAAGACAUAGAGGAGCUGAACAGCCUCUUACCUGAAGAAAAACGUCUUCAACCAUUCAUCUGGAAUGACGAACGUUGAAAUGGAUCUACCCAAGUAAUAAGAUCAUUGGAGAAUCCUCAAUUACGGCCUACAGCUGGCUAGCUAGCUAGCUUUUAUUCUUGGCUUCGCGCGAAAAGCUUGUAUUGUACCGUCAUGUGAUUAUGUGUAUUUAUUACCAUUGAUUAAUAUAGACUGUG